AUGACAGGAUCUCCAGAUUUUUCGAGAGCCAAAAGAGUUCAAGAAUUUUUGGAAGCAAAUCAAAUUAAUUACAGAUCUAAUGCUUCUGUUGAUUCGAUUGAAAAGUUCAACAGUAUGGAUCCCAAUGAACUGCCAACAUUGAAAGUUUUGUUCAAGGGAGAUGGAACGCUCGAUGGAAGAUGCCAACUUGCUAGGUAUCUUAAAGAACAUGGUUUUGAUUUCAACGACUUCUUUAGAAACCCUUCAGACAUUAUAUCAGAGGAUCAUGAAGUUGAAAAUCCUGAGGAAGAAGCCAGAAAAUACUCAGAAUUCUUAAGAAAUCGCGGAUUAUAUUAUAGACCAAUAUCUGUUGAAGAUUAUUCUACAGUUGUUAAUAUGUUUAGAAGUAUGGAUCUCGAUCAUAUGAAAUCUUUGAAUGUGAAAAUUAAAUCAGAGGGAACACUAGAUGGAAGAUGCCAAAUGUCUAUAUAUCUUAAAAAUCUUGGUUUUGAUUUCAAUGACUUUGCUGAUUCUCCAGGUAUUGUUGACUGGAUUGCAAGAGUUUUUGGUGUUGAAACCAUUUCUGAGCAAAAUAAAUCAUUUGAACAACCCCAAAAACAAGAAGAAUCAAUUCCACCAGUAGAAGAAAUUAAUGAACCAAUAGAAAAAGAUCAAAAUCAAAUGCCAAAGUUCGCAUUUACUUCAAAACAACAACCAAAACCAUUCAAACCAGUUCAAAAACUUCCUGAGAUGAAACCUCAUCCUACUAAAGAAGGAAUUAAAAUCAAAGUUUCAGAAUUUAGUACUCCAAAGAAAGAAAAUAAAUGGGAAAAGAAAGAAGAAACAAAAGAAAUAGAAAUUGAAAUUAAAAAUGAAGAUCGGCCACAUAAAAUUACAUUUGCUUUUGAGACUGCUGUAUUUAAUAAAAUGAAAAUAACAUACGAAACGCCUAGAUUGCAUUCUAAAGCUUAUAAAAUAUUGACAUCAGAAGAAAAUAUUCUCCCUGAUGAAGACAUAUAUGAUGUAUCUUCUGAAGAAGAAGUUAUUAAUGCUAUUAAAGAUAAAACAAAACUCAGUGAAAAAGGUCGUGAAUAUGUUAAAAAUGUCAAGAAGUAUUACAAGGAAUUGAGAUUCCCUGAAAAACUUGAACGGCAGUUUAACAAAAUCAUAAUUAGAUUAGAAAAUAAUUGA